AGGCAUGACAAAGCAAAUCUCAACAGCUGUGUCCGACGCAGUCCUCUCGCUUACUUGUCUCGUGGCAAGUUAUGACAUCUUCGUGAAAAAGGAAAAUGUUUUCCUGAUCUACGGAUUCAUAUUAGCAGGCCUGGCUGCUUUUGCUGGUGUAGCACGAUUUAGUGGUUGUGACUCUGUCAAGGACAUUCACACUACUCUGUCUCUUCACGGUGGAGCAGUGGGUUUUCCCUGGAUGCUUCUCCUUUUUGCUUCCAUUCAACUCAACCAAGGAGCCAAGCUAUCUCUUGUUUCACCUGGCUGGGAUAUCUUAAUUAUUCUUGGAAUGCAUGUUUGUACCACACAGUACGAGAAUACCCGGAAGAUGUUGGUUCCUGCCACACUUCUUGGGCUCACAUACUCUGCAAUCAUCAACAGCAACCAAAACUACCUCAUGGCUAGUGGGCUACUCUUGCUCUCUGGACUUUUUGGAGUAACAGGAAAGAUAGGGCCGGUGUAUCGCAUUGAUCUGUUUCACUAUGCACUGUCUGGUGCUGUCUACGCUCUCCGCUCUGGACUUUUAUCUACAGUCUGAGAUAAUUGAAGAUAAAAUGCUGCUGUGCUGUACUUUGAUUGACAGUAUAACUGAUACCAGCAAAAGAUUCGAAUUCUAUGUGUUCAGACUUGAUUAUUUUGUUUGUGUUUAUGAUUCGCUGGAAUUUAUGUUUAAAGUUGCUGCACUUUAUAUUAUUUUAUAAUAUUUGAUUUCCAAUUGUAAUCACUCAUCUAAGCUAUGUAUGAUUGCAGUAAACUUUUUUAUCGUGUAAUACGGAGUGAUCACACUCUUCACUGUUGAGCAUUAUACAUAAUAAUAAUUCAAACCCGGACCCAACGGAUUUCUAGUUUUAUGCUUUGUUCAGUGAAGUAUGGUCUACAUUAAUUCUAUGAAUCUAUGAAUAAAGAAUCGUUUUUCAGUAAUUAUUUCUGUACAUCUUAUUUGUUCACAAAAUUGAAUAAUUUUAAAAA